AUGAAAAUUGCUCGUUACCUACUUGAUCAACUUUUUAAAUGUGCCUUUGAAACUGCUAGUUUUCUUAAAGCUAUAUUUAAUCCACAAAUGAUUAAAUUAUUAUUUGAUGGAAAUAAAACAAAUAUACCUUUACAAAUUUAUUCUGAAAGAGCUUUUAUAUUUCUUACCAACAAUGAUUUUGAAAAAUUUGUAUUGAAUCAUCUGAUUUCUAAUAAAUUAACCAUUUAUUCUGGGAAACAGCAAAAUAUAAUCAAAAUUUUAACAAACGGUGCGAAUAAAUUUUCAACAGUUUGCUGUCGUUAUAACACCUUAAUUCAUGACUUUAUUAUACAGCAUAUAGAGACAUCAAAAAACAUUUCAAACACAGUGAAGGAAAUUAAAUUCUGUGGUUUUAUUGGACCUCCCCGCAAACUAAAAUCUACAAAUGAUCAGAUUUCUAACAAAUACAGUUCUUCAAACUACAAUAAAGAAAUAAAUAUCGAGUAUACUGAUCAAAACCAUGACAAUGAGCCAGUUUAUGAAAUUAAUAUUAAAAGAAAUAAUUGA